CACGCGAGCGCGCAUCUUCUUGGCACUGCAGGGUUUGUUUACCUUAGUAACCACCACCAUGGCGGACGACGACGAGCAAGAAGAGAAGAGACAAGUCAUUGAACAAAUUGAAAAUUUCAGACGCGCAAAUGCAGUGCUACAAGCAGAGACCGAUAUGUUUGAGCGAUAUCUUAAUCGCAUAGAGCCGCAAUUUUCUGCACUUGACGCAGCAGUGGAUACGAACCGUGGGAGGAAGACCAACAGAUCACGAACAAUGACCCAGGACAAGAUUCAGCGGCUGACCCUUGAGCAAAAAUGUGAUGUUGCACAGAGGGAGAUGGAUGAGAUGAGAGAGGAUCUUCAGAAACUGAAAAACACUUCGGAGAGAGUGAUGCUGAACCUUAAGGCUACCUUGGAGGAAGCUGAUGUGCAACUGGUGGAGGUGAAGAAGUCGAGCAAUGAGUUUGACCGUGAUGUGGCCAAGGUCCUGCGCGAGAAGAAAGGGGCCAUGAUGGGUGCAGAAAAGAUCCUUCGUUAUUUUGAAGACAGGAUGCGAGCAAAGGACACACUGGUGGAGAAGCUGCGUCUGAAGAACUCGGCGCUGCACGUGCAGAAGCGCAAGCUGAUCCUGCAGAUGCGUCAGAAGGAGGAGAUGGGCGAGGCGCUGCACGAGGUGGACUUCCAGCAGCUGAAGAUCGAGAACAGCCAGUACCUGGAGCGCAUCGACGAGCGCAACCAGGACCUGCUGAGGCUCAAGCUGAUGGCAGGGAACACCCUGCAGGUCCUCAACUUGUACAAGAAGAAACUCCAGAACAUGACGGGUGAAUCCAAACGGCUGAGCAGCGAUAUUGCCUCGAGACGAGAGAUGCUCGUCAAGAUCGAGGAGGAGACCGAGCAAGCAGAGGAGGAGCGUACCAAGGCUGAAGUCGUAAACAAGAAGUUGCGUGGCGAGCUGGCCGACUACCGUGUGCCCCCUGUGCUGCAGUACAUCACAACCAAGGCCUCCCACACCCAGUUGGAGCAGACCGUCAAGGCCUGGGAGCGCAAAGUGGAGAUCUCAGAGAUGGCCUUGAAGACCCACACCAAAGCCUGGAAUAAGCUGAGGGCCAUGGCUUCAGAAGCGGGAACGGUCUCCUAGCUCCUACCCAUCUUGGGGCAGCGAUACAGUACACUGAAUCUCAGAAAGGCAACUUUCUAUUAAACCACAAUGUUAUUUUACAUAUAAAGCCACUUAGUUACUUAUAA